GUACAGAUUUAGUGUUUAGUAUAUUUUUUGUUGAUUUGGCGUGGCUGCAUUUAUUUUGACAGAUAUAUUUUUUUUGUGAGACGAGCAGAAGCUGUGUUAGCUGUUAGCUGUUAGCCUGAGUAACUCGGGCUGCUGCGGACGGCCGAGCCGGAGAGCUGCUGUGAAGAAACCCCAGAGUCAAGAUGUUUGAAGUCAUGUUUGACCUGCCGGUGGAAAAACAGAUCUUUUAUGCUGUUUUGUUAUUUUCGUGGACGGUGUAUCUUUGGGAGGCAUACCUGUCCUACAGACAGAGGAGGAUAUAUAGAUCGACCACACACGUCCCGCAGGAGCUCGGCAAGAUCAUGGAUCCCGAAACUUUUGAGAAGUCGCGCCUUUAUCAACUAGAUAAAAGCAAUUUUAGCUUUUGGUCUGGACUUUAUUCUGAGACUGAAGGGACGCUGAUCCUGCUGCUGGGUGGAAUCCCGUUUCUGUGGGACGUCGCCGGUUCUGCGACGGCUCGAUUUGGGUUCGCUCCAGAAUACGAGAUCACCCAGUCCUUGGUGUUUCUGACCCUUGCCACUCUGUUCAGCGCCGUAACUGGACUUCCCUGGACCUUGUACAACACGUUUGUGAUCGAGGAGAAGCACGGCUUUAACCAGCAGACACUGGGGUUCUUCUUCAAAGACGCUGUGAAGAAGUUUUUAGUGACUCAGUGUAUCCUGUUGCCUGUGACCUCACUGCUCCUGUACAUCAUAAAGAUCGGUGGAGACUACUUCUUCAUCUAUGCUUGGCUGUUUACCCUGGCUGUUUCUCUGGUACUUGUGACCAUCUAUGCUGAUUACAUUGCACCCCUAUUUGACAAAUUCACUCCAUUACCAGAAGGAGAGUUAAAAUCUGCGAUUGAAGCUAUGGCCAAAAGUAUAAGCUUCCCUCUCACAAAGGUGUAUGUAGUUGAAGGUUCCAAGCGAUCGUCACACAGCAACGCAUACUUUUAUGGCUUCUUCAAGAACAAACGCAUCGUGCUGUUCGACACUUUGCUGGAAGACUAUUCGCCUCUCAACAAACCUGGAGAAGCGCAGUCUGAGCAGCCGGAGAAUGACGAGACAUCCAGCGAGUCAAAAGCCAAGCCCAAGAACAAGAAACAAGGAUGCAACAACCCAGAGAUCCUUGCUGUUUUGGGUCAUGAGCUUGGCCACUGGAAGCUGGGUCAUACUGUCAAGAACAUUGUCAUCAGUCAG